AUGCCGUUCGGUGUAUUUCAACCGAUCCGUAUCACUUUGGAUGAUCUUCCACCGCCAUACAAAACAUCAUCUGCUACAAAACCUGCAAUUGUUGUUGCCGUACCGAGCAAUGCAACAUUACUCGUUCCCGACACUAAUUUUCGCGUAACAAUCUUUCGCGACGGUUUGAAUGCGCCAAGACAACUGAUCUACACUCCAACAGGUGAAAUUCUUGUGACAGAAAUGCGCGGUAAUCGUAUAUCGAUCCUGAAUGGCGAUGAGACAUCGGUGUUUGCUGAUUCUUCAAACGGUGUUGCACAAGCUUUCGGCAUGGCAUUUACUGAGGGCUGGUUCUAUGUUGCCAAUGCUGGCGAACUUCGUCGUUAUCCGUACAAAACUGGUGAUAAAAGAUUGAAAGGAACUGGACAAGUUCUUAUCACAUAUCAAAGUACUUAUCAUUGGACACGUAGUUUAAUUGUCUCACCAAGUGGCGAUCGAUUAUUUGUCACGGUUGGUUCUGGUAGCAAUGUUGACAUCGAAUAUCCAUCGCGGGCAUCUGUUCAAGUCGUGGACUUGGAUGGUACGAACAACGCAACAUUCGCUUGGGGUUUACGUAAUCCAGUCGGUAUUGAUUUCCAUCCCAAAAGUGGUGAUCUCUACGUUGCGGUACAAGAACGCGAUGAAAUCGGUGACGACCUUGUACCAGACUACUUCACCAGAAUUCAAAAAGAUGAGUUCUACGGAUGGCCAUUCGCUUAUUUAUCGCCAAAAAAUGUUGAUCCACGACGACGCUUUCCCAAUGGUACAAGUGAACGCCCAGAUCUAGUUGAACGCACACGAACACCAGACGUUCUCUUUCAAGCUCAUUCGGCUGCCCUCGAUAUGCAAUUCUACCGUGGUACUCAAUUUCCAAGCCAUUAUCAAAACGGCGCCUUUGUUGCCUUUCACGGUUCAUGGAAUCGACACGCUGGUACGGGUUAUAAGCUUGCUUUUAUUCCAUUCGGUGACGACAAUCGUCCACUUGGUUACUAUGAAGAAUUCUUGAAAGGAUUUCUCAUCGACCCACAAGGCCCAACAACGUUUGGUCGACCUGUUGGCCUAUUAGAAAUGAAAGAUGGUAGUUUACUCUUUAGUGAAGACGGAAAUGGACGUUUGUAUCGGGUUGAAUACGUCCCAAGUGCCAGUCAGUAG